CGCUCACCGCGGCGGGGAGGAGCCGCUCCAGGCCCGGCCCGAGCCCCCACCGGCUCCGACAGCGCCGGGGGUCCCGAGGGGCAGCCCCCAGCGGGAUUUGAAGAUGUCUAAAAAGAAGCUGAAGAAACUAGCUGGAAAGGAAGACUCUUUGGAUGGUCAGGAUGACAAAAACUCUGAAGACACUAGAUCUUACAAGUGCUCUGURAAGGGAGAAAUAGAACUUCAGAGAUCCAAACCAGAGAAGGACAGGCAAGAGAAGAAACGACACCAAAGUUCUGGUGUUUCCCACGAUGCUGGUGGAAGAUCCCAGGAAAAAUCUCCAAGCAGGGGCAAAAUUUCAGAUGGUUCUUCAAGUCAAACUGAAAAGCAAAAGAAAAUAGUGAUCCAGUUUAAAGCCAAGGAAAUCAAACAUGGCAAAACCACCYGCACUCCUGAUGUGGUGAGUGCCAGCAAGGAAAGAAGUUGUGAUGGAACAGAGGAAAAAAGGCUCUGGUACAGCUUCGAACUUCAGAGGGACAAGGCACUGAAGAAAAAGAGAGAGAAAGCCGAACUCCGCAAACUUAAGCUAAAAGCAGAGCAAGCUAUGAUAGAAAAGUUUAAGUCCUCUGUGCACGAGGUACCACGUAAAAUGUCAGAGGGCUCAAAAAAGCAGGCUGAAGAUUUCAGAAUUCCCAAAAAGCCACCUGACAGCUCKGCAGGGACUGCGCACGGUGACAGGCCUGCCACUAAGGAGCCAAGUGCAUUAUCCAUCUUCUGGGAAGAAGAAGAGGAAGAAGAGUACAAGGACUUUGCUGUGAAAAAAAGGCACRCAAGCAAACACAGGUCAUCACACUCCAAAUGUGAAACUCAGCCACGAAGGCACUCUCGGAAGCACAAAAAGCAUGGCACUGAGUCUCCUAAAGCUCCUGGGCACUCAGGAACUAAACAAGGGGACUUGGAAGCCACACCUCUGUGUUUUAAGGAGAAUGUUGAGGCCCCAUGCAUGUCUGACUCCUGCCAGGRAGGUGAGGGCAGAAAGCCUGUGCCAGUCCCAAAGAGAUUUGAAGACUUUCCUCUCCCUCAAGACAGUCAGAACACAGAAACAGACCAAGAGAUGCAGAUAGUUGAAGACUUGCACGUUGCUCGUGUGGAGAAGAGGAUGGCCCUGUCUGUAGUACAGACCUGUGGAGAACUUACCAGCAUGGAGAUAGACCUUCCAGAGCAGGAUUUAAAUGUUUCUGCUGGGGCUUUUAGUUCUGGUCUGAACAUCCUAGUGGUGAUUGACACAAAUAUAAUGAUUAGUCACCUCGAGUUUGUGAGGUCCCUGAAAUCCGAGGAUAUACCAGGAGUUGAUAGACUUGCAUUAAUAAUUCCCUGGGUCGUCCUACAAGAGCUGGACAAUUUGAAGAAGGGGAAAAUGUUGCAGCAUGUCCGGGACAAAGCUAUCCCUGCGGUCCAGUUCAUUUACAAGUGUCUGAAGAGCCAGGAUUCCAAACUCUGGGGGCAAUCCAUGCAGCUGGCUUCUCAAAAAAUGUAUGGGCUGAGCGACGAGAACAACGACGACCGCGUCCUGCAGUGCUGCCUCCAGUACCAGAACCUCUUCCCACAAGCACUUGUGGUCCUCUGCACGGAUGAUAAAAAUUUAUGUAAUAAAGCCAUUGUGAGUGAGGUGAAGGCAUUCUGCAAAGCUGAUCUGGUGUCUGCUCUGCAGAAUGUGAGUGCACACAGGCCCCAGAACUGUGAGGAGCUGCAGCAGCCAAAGCAGGGUACAGAAUUUGGGAAAGCAGCAAGAGGCGAUGCUGGCUUUACUGCCCAAUUCCCAAACRUGCUUCCAGACCUUGAGAAGAACUUGGGAGAAGCUUUGUCUUGUAUUUUGGAGACGGAAAUGAAACUUGCUUUUGGAAACCUGUGGAUGGAGGUCCUAUAUCUGAAGCCACCAUGGACCUUAGCAAACCUGCUGAAGUGUUAUAAAAAGCACUGGAUGGCUGUUUUUGGUUACGUGGUGCCAAGGAGUUUACUUUYAACCAUUGAGUGUCUGUCUAAACACCUCUGUGCAGAUAAACCAUUUGACUCCUCAACAGUGCGUGUGCUGCUCCAGGAAUCCCAAACAUUGCUCCAYGCUUUCAGCACCAGGUCAGACUACGAUGGUGUCCUGCCCCGGGCUUAUGCUGAAGUGACAAAGCUGUGGGAGACCCUCGGGGAGGUGAGGGCAGACAGUGAGCAGGAUUUAUCAGAAGACAUCAUGGUUCUUUCAGAAAAUGCWGUGUGUGAAACAAUGGAAGCCACGACGCCCAGUCUGCAAAGCACUGAGGAGAAAGAGCUCCAGCCCAGCUUCCAUGUGGCUCAGGAAAACAGGCACCAGGAAAUCUGGGCAGUCCUGGAAGGUGUUUGGAACACCAUGAACUUGUACAGCAUUGAACUGUUCCAGAAGCUGGAGCCCAGUGCAGUGAGCAUGGCUGCCAAGGCCUCGUUUGAGGAGGCUUUUUUGGGGCUGCAGAAGCUGCUGGCAGCAGUGAAGGACAUCCGGGAGGGCAUUGGCAGAGUUUUGACCCCAACCRGCAGUUUCCAAGAUAUUUGGACCCUCUAUAAUUUCCUCAGAAGACAUGAGAUCAAUAACAGCCUGAAGUUCAGUGCUGAGGAGCUGUACGAGUGUGUGUCACAGRAGCUGUACAGGGAGAGGCUGGAAGUGGGCUGCUGCCAGCUGGCCCAGCUGGAGCAGACCCUGCAGCAGUGCCAGGCGUCGGUGCACAGAGAAGCUGAGAGCCGGGGCUGGCUCUGACCGGGCAAGCUCCAC